AUGAAACGAGUACGUCUAGAAUGGGUCGGAGGAAAAGGACCGUGUCCGUUCGUGAUGGAGAAGAAUCGGUCAACAACCCGAUCAGUAGAAACGUGCCAGCUGGAAGACUCAACACGAGCUGAGGGGACUCGGGCGCAUCCAGGAGACAGGUCAAAGCGUACGUACGCCGAGGGUAGAGCACAUGGUACCAGCCCCGGUCUUCUAUUCCACGUUCACCGAAUCAUGGUAGACACAGGUGCUUACUCAAGCAUCCUGUACUGGACCGCCUUUUUGAAGAUGGGGAUUGAUAGAAGAUCGAGGCCGAAUGGGCGAGUUAUUAUGGAAACGUUCAAGGUCGUAAAGAUGAACAGCGAAUACAACACCAUUCUGGGACGAACGACUUUGUACAAGUUGAAGGUUGUUGUGUCAAUUUUUCAUUAUUCGAUCAAAUUUCUGAUUAAGAACGGAGUUGGCGUCCACUACGGCAAUCAAAGAGUGGCCCGAGAAUGCAUCGUGGCGAUUCCUUCGCUCGAGAUCCACUUGGUUAUGACAGCAAAUGGAGUACAAAACCCGAUGGCGAGGCCGAAUGAUGAAUCUAAGGAGCCGACUGAGCAGGACAUUCCGACGCCAACCGAGCAUCUCGCUGACAACUCGGUGACCAAAGGGAGGGAAGCCAUUGAAGGAAGUGAUGAGAAUGAAUGCCUAUCGCCCGUGCGACCGAUCAUAGUUGAUGAACCUCAAUCGGAUGAAGGGCGAGACAAUGAGGCUACCCUAGAUGAAGAGGAUCAAACAGCUGAUAGGGGUCGUCCGCUCGGGAUGGAGCCAAUUGUAGAGAAGGACGAGCUACACUCGAGAGACCCGCUCAAAGGCAAGAAGGUCGAUCGAGCCAAGCCCAGAGAGGACACGGAAACCAUCUAUCUCGACGAGCCUUAUUAUGUGUUUGCAUGGACGCACGAGGACAUGAUGGGAAUCGACCCGAAUCUGGCGUGCCAUAGUCUCAAGAUCGACCGAGCGUACAAACCAAUGAUACAGAAGAGAGGAAGCUGGGGCCGAAUCGACAGAAGAAGCUUGAAGGGGGUUACAUCAACCGCGAUCAAUGCUGUGAUCAUUCAAGAAGAAGAUUCGAAUCAACAUCCCAUAUACUACGUCAGUAAUGCAUUGCACUAUGCCGAAGUUUGCUACCCAUCGAUUGGAAAGUUGAUUUUUGCAUUAGUAACCGCUUCGAGAAAGCUCAGGCUGUUCCUGGAACACCAAAUAACAGUCUUGUCUACCUAUCCGAUCAGGCAGAUCCUCCAUCGACCGGACACAUCCGGGCGAAUGAUAAAAUGGGCGGUCAAACUCGGCCAAUACAAUAUUCAAUACCGACCUCGGACAACUAUCAAUGGCCAAGCGCUAUUCGACUUCAUAACCGAGUUCACAACAGGGGCCGAACCCAUCCAAAAUAUGGAGACUUGGGAGAUGUACAUAGAUGGGUUAGUGACAUCGGACGAAUUCAGAGGGGGGGUCGUGAUAGUCAGCCCCCAGAAGAAAUUAUAUUGUCAUUCGGUCCGGGUAUUUGUUCUCAGCCACCAACAACGAAUCCAAAUACGAGGCACUCUUAUCCAGACUCGAUUUAGCCGAGUCGAUGAACAUCACCAGUCUGAAGGUUUAUUCCGAUUCGAUGUUGUUAGUGAAGCAGAUCUCAGGAGAAUUAGAGACAAAGGAAUCCCGAUUGAUCCCGUACUUGAACUUGGCGUGCAAGAAAAUGCUGAGGGCAAGCAUUCAGUUGGAGCAUAUUCCCCCAACUGA